AGCUAACAUGGAGGUUUAGUUAUCGUCUGGCAGCCAUUGACAGAGGAAGGCCACUGUGAAAGCGCGCCCGAGUGCACGACAUUCACUUACAUUUAAACCGGGUGAUAGAAGUUGUUUUUUGCACUUUCUCGGGGCUACAAAAAUGGAGAUGAAGAAGAGGAUCAGCUUGGAGCUGCGGAACAGGAACCCGGCCGAGGUGGUGGAGAUGGUGGUGGAUAACUGUCGCUCCAGUGACGGAGAGGUGGAGGGUCUGACGGACGAGUACAAGGAGCUGGAGCUGCUCAGCAUGGUGAACAUCGGCCUCACCUCGCUGGCCAAACUGCCCUCACUGCCCAAACUACGCAAGCUGGAGGUCAGCGAUAACACCAUCUCAGGAGGGUUGGACACACUGGCAGAGAAAUGUCCCAACCUGACUUACCUCAACCUCAGCGGGAACAAGAUCAAAGAGCUGAGCACGGUGGAGGCUCUGCAAAACCUGAAGAACCUGAAGAGCCUGGACCUGUUCAGCUGCGAGGUCACCACGCUGGACGACUACAGGGAAAGUGUGUUUGAGCUGCUGCCUCAGGUGACCUACCUGGACGGCUACGACCAGGAGGACAACGAGGGACCCGACUCCGAGGCCGACGAUGACGAAGACGGCGCCGCUCACCCUGGAGACGAAGACGACGAUGAGGAGGACGAGGACGAAGGCUCUGAGGGAGAGGAGGAGGUUGGCCUGUCCUACCUGAUGAAGGAGGGAAUCCAGGAUGAAGAAGACGACGAUGACUAUGUUGAAGAGGAGGAGGAAGAGGAGGAGGAUGAGGAUGCAGAUGAGGACGGGGCACCAGUCCAGGGGGAGAAAAGGAAGAGAGACCCAGAGGAUGAGGGAGACGAUGAUGAUGAAGAUGACGAGUAGUUUCUUAACCCCCUGAUCCCAUGUUGACCCCCACCCCCCACCCCCAGACCCCACUUUGACCUCUGACCUCACGUUGACCCCCGGGUUCACAUCAGAGCCAGAGGAGGACAGGAGACAGGAAGCUGCUCGCGCCCUGGAUCUGACUCGAGUUUCUCGUUCGGUUGCUGUCUGUCAGACCUCCCAGAAUGCAACACUCCUCCUGACGGGGUCGCUGUGAUGCUUUCUCUCGUCAGAUGCUUCUUUAACCCUUUGAACGCUGAGCAAAAACAUGACAGAAAGGCCACGAGCAGCUGAAGAGGAAACGAGACCAAAAAAUUUUUUUUGCAAGAAAUGAAUUAAAAGUGAGAAGAAAACCACCUGAAAUUUACCAGAAACAGAAAAGUAGAAAACAAAAGUUAAAGACCCGAAAUUAUGCAAACAAAUAGAGACUUGGAAAUGAGCCCAAACAGAGUUUUUAUUCUGGUAACGUAAUUUUUAAAUAUAUAAUUCUAAUAAUUAUAUUAGCUUUCAUUUUCGUGUAACUUCACUAAUUUCUUGCAGAUAUUGGGUCAGUUUUCUCAGCUGCUUGUCGCCUUUACGCCGACGUUUCUGAAAGAAAUGAAGCCAGUUUGCUCGGGUUUCAAAGGGUCACAUUUUUGUGAAAGGCUCAACUUGAGGAAAAGCGAGCGAGACAGGCGGCGUCCUCCUCCGUGUUGGAUUCUGGUUGAUCUGACGUAACAACACAAACUGGUUUUAAAUCGCGCUCGUGUGUUUUUAUGGCGGAAUGCUCCUUUAUCUGGUUCCUGGCGGUCGGCCGGUUGCGUUCAGCUCUGCUGUGGAAGUGACCGCUGACUGUGUUUUGGCUGCAGUUUGGGUGAACUGUCCCUUUAAUGUGCAGGAGGUCUUCAGGCUGCUGUCGCCGGGCAGCUUCUGUGUGACUUGCUGAGGUUUCCGCUCGGCCGGCAGACUGUGUCCGUCCACGUCUUUUUUUAAAACGCGACUCUUUCUCUCCGUUGGGACCUUCUGUCCACAGCUCGUCUUCAUCUGAGGCUGGAGCUCCUCUUCCUCCUCCUCCUCCUCCUCCUCUUCCUCUGUCCUCGUUCUCGGCUCCUGAGUCUGUAGCUAAACUCUGGGAUGGCAACAAGCCGCUGCUCCUCUGCACACGCUCACAUCCACGCCACACACACUUCUUGUCAUCGGUGUUUUUUAAACUGAUAAAGGUGCAUUCUCAGUAAACGUGUGUGGAGAAAUCCACGCCUGCUGGUGGAUGGACACAGUUUGCUGUUUCUUCAGCGGGAAAUACUUUAUUACUGAUUUUUUUUGUUUUGUUUUGUUUUGUUGUUUUUUAAAUAACAAAACCCAGCAGUCUCCACCCGGCCCGUCGCGUCGCGGUGAAGAGAAACCAGACGAGACACAAACAGUACGGGGAAGUGGGGAUUUUUUAAAACGUUUCUUUUUUUUCCAUAUUUGGGUUGGACUGUUCCUUUAACUCCUGGAAACCUGGAUGCCUGUCAGAGUUGUUGUGUUUAAAUGCUUGUGAAAGGCGUCGGACAGCAGCCUGGAAAUUAGCUUAAAAAAAGAGACAGAAAUUUGGAAAAAAAAAAAAAAAGACCUGAGAUUAAGCGACUCCAAAAAAUAUCCUAAAAAUGACAACAACAAUAAUAAGACCUGACAAUUAAACAAAACACAUAACAUAAUUUAAAAUAUACAAUUAUAAAAAUAGUUUUCUGGGCAUUAUUUUUCCCGUAUUUCAGGUCAUUUUCUUUUCUGUGACUAUUUUUUUUAAACAUGUCGAGGUCAUUUCUUGCUCGGCUGCGUGUUGUUGCUCUGGUUUUGUUUGAACACAUGAAGUCUGCCGGGCUUCCAGGUUUCAGAGGCUCAACCUGCUGCACGGCGGCGGUGCAGUGCAUUAUGGGAUGCGUCUGGGUCGGCGAGCUUGCGUCCUGUCCUGUCCUCCGGCUGUCCACAUGUAAAUACAGAGCUGUCCUCUCCCUGUCCACUUCCUGUUGAAGUGUCUGUCGCUUUUAUUUUUGUAUUUCUGUCUGCAGUUUGUGUGCUGUAAUCUUCUGAUGAGUGUUUUGGAAUAAAAACAACUGGAUUCUCA